AUGAAUGAAUGGGCACAUGGGGAGGAACAAGGAGGCGCUGAGCGUUUGCAGCUGCGCGUGUGCUUUCAGAUGGAGCGGCUUCUCGCGAUGCGUGUCCUGGCUUCUCUCCUUCUGCUCCUGGAAUCGUUCGCCGCCACCACCAGAGCCAACGCGACACUUGGCUGCAGCAAGAUGGACCCACCGCCCUACGCGGGGAUCCGCUACAUGGGGCUGAGCUACCGCCAGGUGCAGCUCAUGCGGCUGAUGCCCAUCCGCUACGAGAUCGAGUACGUGUGCAAGGCGGGCCGCGAGAUCCAAGGACCGCACGUUCGCAAGUGCCUGCCCAACGGCACCUGGUCUGACAUGGGCACGGAGACCAAAUGCUUGCGGAUGUGCCCCGAGAUGCCCCCCGACUUCUCGAACGGCCGAGCGGAGAUCGUGGAAGGUAACGCACGGGCGACCGAGGGUACCCACAUCGAGUACUCGUGCGACGAAGGGUAUCGCCUGGUCGGCCCACCGGCCCUCUACUGCACCAAGGCCGGCGUGUGGGACGGCUCGAUUCCCCACUGCGUCGAAGAAGUCAACACAUUCCAGUAUUCCCAGCACACGAAGAUUGUGUCCAAGACUCCGGGAGGCAAAGCAGCCAAGCAGGCGCUAUACAUCGGGGGGCUAUUUCCCAUGAGCGGAAGCUGGCCGGGGGGCCAGGCCUGCAAGCCAGCGGCAAUGAUGGCACUGGACGACGUGAACGGCAAACGUGACCUCCUGCCGGACUACGAGUUGAAGCUCAUCGAGACGGACAGCAUGUGCAUGCCGGGCCACGCGACCAAGAUCCUCUACGACCUACUCUACUACGGCCCCAUCAAGAUCGUCCUCAUGCCGGGCUGCAGCAGCGUCUCAACGCUGGUGGCGGAGGCAGCGCGCAUGUGGAACCUCAUAGUGCUGUCGUACGGAUCCAGCUCCCCGGCGCUCUCCAACCGGCAGCGCUUCCCCACGUUCUUCCGCACGCACCCCUCCGCCACGCUGCACAACCCGACGCGCGUGCACCUUUUCAAGACCUGGGGCUGGACCCGCAUUGCCACCAUCCAGCAGACGGCCGAGGUCUUCACCUCGACCCUGGCAGACCUGGAGGAGAGAGUCAAAGAGGCUGGUAUCGAGAUCAACGUUCGCCAGAGCUUUCUGUCUGAUCCGUCCGUCGCUGUCAAAAAUUUGAAGCGUCAAGACGCCAGAAUCAUCGUCGGCCUCUUUUACGAGGAUGAGGCUCGCCGGGUGUUCUGCGAGGUCUACAAAGAGAAGCUCUUCGGGAAGAAGCACGUGUGGUUUCUGAUCGGCUGGUACGCCGACAACUGGUUCCUGAAGUCGGACCACGCCGUGAACUGCACGGCGGAGCAGAUGGCCGAGGCGGUGGAGGGCCACGUCACCACCGAGAUAGUGAUGCUCAACCCCGAGAACACCAGGGGCAUCUCCAACAUGACGUCGAAUGAGUUCAUCGAGCGGCUGAAGGAGCGUCUGCCCAAGAGGCACAACGAGACGGGCGGGAUCCAGGAGGCGCCGCUGGCGUACGACGCCAUCUGGGCGCUCGCCUUGGCGCUGAAUCGCACGGUGCGUGAGCUGGCGAAGACCGGGCUGAUGCUCGCGGACUUUAACUACACCAACAAAGCCAUCACGGAUGAAUUCUACAAGGCCCUCAACUCGUCCUCCUUCAGCGGCGUUUCAGGUCAAGUCGUGUUCGAUGCAAGUGGGUCCCGCAUGGCGUGGACACUGAUAGAGCAACUGCAAGAUGGGAAGUAUGUGAAGAUUGGCUACUAUGAUAGUUCAAGUAACAAUAUCAGCUGGUUCAACGCAGAAAAGUGGAUCGGUGGAUCACCACCUCCCGACCGCACCAAAGUGGUGGAGCAGUUUCGCUAUCUCUCCCAGGGUCUCUACAUCUCGGUCUGUGUCCUGGCCACCGUCGGCAUCAUCCUGGGCCUUCUCUGCCUCAGCUUUAAUGUUUACAAUCGCCAAAUCAGGUAUGUGCAGAACUCGAAGCCGGGUCUCAACAACAUGACGGUCGUGGGCUGUGUCCUGGCCCUCUCAGCAGUCUUCCCUCUGGGUCUGGACGGCCUCCACAUUUCGAUGGCCACUUUCCCCUUUGUGUGCCAGUUACGGGUCUGGCUCAUCAGUAUGGGAUUCAGCUUAGCGUACAGCAGCAUGUUCACCAAGAUAUGGUGGGUGCACACCGCAUCCAUAAAGAAAUCCGAAACCAAAGAAAAAACCAAGAUCUCUCAGGAGUUUGAGGACUGGAAGCUCUAUGCCAUGGCCGGAGGCUUCCUCUUAACGGACGCGAUCUUCAUCCUUAUCUGGCAAGUCGUUCAUCCUCUCCAUCGCACUAUAGAGGAUUUCAUUCAAGAAAAGCGAGAGGGCGAAGAGGAUGUAUACAUCUGGUCCAGGUUGGAGCACUGCAGCUCGUUCAAGAUCAUGACGUGGCUCGGUGUCUUCUACGGCUACAAAGGCGUGCUGCUGUUGCUCGGAAUAUUCCUGGCGUACGAGACGAAGAGCAUGUACGCGGAGAAAAUCAACGACCACCGUGCCGUGGGCAUGGCCAUUUACAACGUGGCGAUUCUCUGCAUGAUCACUGCUCCAGUGACGAUGAUCCUCACGAGCCAGCAGGAUGCCUCCUUUGUGUUCACCUCCCUGGCCAUCAUCUUCUCAUCCUUCAUAACCCUGGCUGUCCUCUUCCUGCCCAAGAUGCGGAGGAUUUUGCUGCGGAACGAGCACCCAGCAGAGACCUCGGAGCCGUCCAACGUUCCAUCCACCACUCCUGCAGUCGACGUGAAGGCACAGCAGCUGGAGGAAGAGAAUAAGGAACUGCAGAAGCUCAUAACAGAGAAGGAAGAGCGAGUUCGCGAGCUGCGCAGGCAGAUCAUCGAGCAGAAGCAGCUGAGGGAGCGCAAGCGAGCGUCUGCGAUCCGCAGCGGCGGCGCACACCUUGACAGCAGCUCCUCGAAUGGAAUACUGCACUGAGGAGAAGCGAGGGAGGAAUAUGGCUCGUGGGACAACAAACCACCCCCUCGUCUGUCACUUUGUUCGGCCGUUGUCGGUGUUGGUCAGUUUUUACAACCCCCUGAUGCCCUCCCCCAGUGGUAAACCCGCGGUUGUGUGCAGUCGCUGUGCUACGGUGUCAUAAUUGGUUUGCGGCUUACAUCGAACUCCUUUUUAUUCUGAUCAUUGUCGGAUACUCUACCUGUUAUUGAAAGCACACUUACUGCUGUGAUUGUAUUAUUGAUUAUCUGAACACUGGAUUAAUUUGUUUGAGCUCAGCUCUGGAAGAAAUCUGUUUUUACAAAACUGUGUUUCAUACAUUUGCUUCAGAUGUAAUUGAUUAUAAUCUGCUCACUUUAAUACCUGACGUUUACCGGCACAUUUCAGAAAUUGCACCAAAAGAGCCUUUGCAUUUUACUAUUGUAUAAUUUAAUCUGUAUGUGUAUUUAAGUUGGUUACCUCAAUCUGGCUCAAUUUUAAGGAACCAUGUAAUUAUGUAAUUACAAGGCCCUCUUGUCGUUUUGCCCUCUGAAAUAUAGUUUUUUUUAAAACAUGUAUUCAGGUUUCUAUAACACUGCAUGUAAAGGUUACUACUAAAAAGUGAGUUACGGUUCUUUUACACUGUCGUUUUUUUUCUUCCACAUCGUUUUAAAGGGAGAGGUUUUCAUCACUGCACGAUAAACACGUUGGCCUGUUGGUAAUUCUGAGAGGAACUAAACAACCAUCGUGAUAUUGCCGGCUACAUUGCGGUUUCUGAAUGUAAGCAAACGACCCGGGGGAGUGAGUGGCGAAAUCAUUUAGUUUGUCUCGGUUUGGCCGUUGUGAAGCAGAGGAACUUUUUUUUUAUUCAAUUCUGGGUGAGAUAAGCAGUCCAUUGCCAACAAGCUUGCGAAUGGAGCUGUGGAGAUAGGGAAACCCAUAUAUUCAUGUAAUAAUGUGGGGUUUAAUUGUGUUGGUUAUCUUCUCACGUCGUUUUGGCACAUGCGGUGGAUUAUCAUUAUACCAGUAUAAUUACUAAUCAGUACUGCGGUAUGUAAAACAUUUACAAAAUGUUCACGAGAAUUUGCACGAUUCUUUCCGACAUUUAGUAAGGCUGCUUACUUGUCAUCAAUAAUAAGUUGUACUUCAAAUGUUAUUGCAUCUCGAAAUACAACUUUGUAAAAACGGUUUUUAUUGAUAAUUGUGAAGAGAUGAAAGCAGUGUUAACUUUCAGUUUUAAAAUAGCAUUGUCUAAGAAGUGCCAAGUCCAGUCGAGGAAUACUGUACCAUAUAUUCUUAUGUUACAAUAAAACAAUAUACUAUACUGUAUGUACAAUUUAUCUCUGUGAAAUACAUGUUUACAAGACUCGGACAGCACGCUCAUGAACCUAAAAGUGUUCUUGGUCUUAAACACCUU